GGGGGGGCCGCCGCUGCCGCCUUCUGGGGCCGCGCGUCCCGCCCUGUCCUAGGCCUCUUGAAAAGGAGGGUUGGAGCUGCGGAGACUCCGGUCCAGCUCCCUGCUCACAGCAGCGUCGAUCCUGCCGAGGCUGUGUGUGGCCGGGGCUUCUCCGAGAAGGCCAACAGCGUCCGGCCUACACUGAUAGAGCGCUGCCAGCAGGGUCAGGGAAGUGACUCUUCUCCUCUACUCAGCCCUGUUUAACCACAAUGAGGCGGAGCUCGAGUACCAGUGGUGGCAGUGGUCGGCAGUCUGCAAUGCCCUUGAGAGUUCAGGAUUCCAACAGGAUGUUACAAACACCUCAAAGGCAAGACCGAACAACCUUUGGGAAGUUGAGCUUGAGCAAGCCUGCAUCUGGUACCUCAGAAAGAAAAGUCAGCUUUUUUGGAAAAAGAACAAGUGGUCCUGGAGGAUCACGUAACAGUCAGUUUGGUGUGUUUGGUACAGAAAAGAUCAAGGAUCCUAGGCCACUUCAUGACAAAGCAUUUGUCCAGCAGUGUAUCAGACAGCUCUGUGAGUAUCUUGUUGAGAAUGGUUACGCCCAUAAUGUCUCCAUGAAGUCACUCCAGUCUCCAUCAGUUAAGGACUUCUUAAAGAUCUUCACCUUUAUCUAUGGGUUCCUCUGCCCUUCUUAUGAGCUUCCUGAUUCAAAGUUUGAAGAGGAAAUCCCCAGAAUUUUUAAAGAGCUUGGGUAUCCUUUUGUAUUAUCAAAAAGUUCUUUGUACACAGUGGGAGCACCACACACAUGGCCACAGAUUGUUGCAGCUUUGGUUUGGUUAAUUGAUUGUAUUAAGAUAUACUGUGCCAUGAGGGAAAAUGCACCAUCAUUUGAUGAAGCACAAGGCUGGGGAGGAGAGACAGAAAAUGGAAUUGUACAUAACAAGCUUUUCUUGGACUAUACAGUAAAGUGCUAUGAGCACUUUAUGAAGGGUGGAGACACUUACGAGGAAUUUGAUGCAGAAGUGCAGUCGAAGCUAAAGGAUUUGUUUAAUGCAGAUGAAUUCCAGGUGGAGGCUCUGGAAGCAGAAAACAAAAGGUUAAAUGAAGAGAUUGCAAGACUGGAGAAAGAGAGAGAAAGUGAGCCAGAUCGUUUAGUUUCACUACGAAAAGUGAAAUCUUCUUUGCAAGCAGAUGUUCAGAAAUACCAGGCUUACUUAGCUAAUCUCGAGUCUCAUGCAGCCGUCCUUGACCAGAAACUGAAAGGCAUUAAUGAGGAAUUUGAAGCAGCAGAAAUAAAAGUUGAAGCAAUGAAGCAAGAAAAUGCUCGCCUCCAGCACAUAUUUGAGAACCAAAAGUACUCGGUUGCAGACAUUAAGAGAAUAAAUCAUGAAAGAAAUGAGUUGCAGCAAACUAUCAACAAACUGACUAAGGAGCUGGAAGCAGAACAACACUUGUUGUGGAAUGAGGAGCUAAAAUAUGCUAGAGGCAAAGAGGCGAUUGAAACGCAACUUGCAGAGUAUCAUAAACUGGCUCGAAAGCUGAAACUCAUCCCUGUAAGCGCAGAGAAUUCCAAAGGCCUUGACUUUGAGAUUAAGUUUAACCCUGAGGCAGGACCAAAUUGUCUAGUCCAAUACAGAACACAGAUCAAUGCUCCUCUUAUGGAACUCAUAAACCAGACUGAAGAAGAAAUCAGACAAGCUACCCACCGGAAAAUGGGUUUGGAAGAUACUUUAGAACAGGUGAACACGAUGGUUGUGGAAAAGAAAAGCAGUGUAAAAGUACUGAAGGAAGAAGUACAAAAGCUGGAUGACCUUUAUCAUCAAAAACUUAAGGAAGCUGAAGAAGAGGAGAAAAAAUGUGCAAAUGAGCUGGAAUUGUUAGAGAAGCAUAAACACUUACUUGAGAGUGGAGUCAAUGAAGGUUUUAGUGAAGCCAUGAAUGAGCUUCAUGAUGUUCAGCGGCAAUACCAGGUUGUUAUGCAGACGACAACAGAAGAGAGCAGAAAAGUGGGUGAUAACUUGAACCGUCUCUUGGAAGUAAUUACAACUCAUUUAGUAUCAGUGGAGAAAUACCUCGGGGAACAGAAAGCAAAAAUUGAUAGAGACUUUGAAGAAUUCGCAUCUGAAAAUCUGUUGGCAAACUUGAGAGAGAUCCUAGACAACUAUAGGAAGAAGGCUGAUGCUCUGUAAUUCUCAAAAGGAGAAAAGUGAACUUUUUUGUGCAGUGGAGCUCUAGAGGCAUCUAUCUUUGAACAUGAGCAUUGCCUGUCAACUUCAUUUUGUCAUCUGUAUCAGUGUUAAUAUUUUUAGGGACAUUUUUAAACCUUAGUUUCUAUUUUAGUUUUUAAUCUAUGCAUAAUUCUGUAAGCCAUUAAUAAAAUUGUAUGAAGUUUCA